ACCAGGAGGAGUCACCAGAACCAGCACAGGUUAAAGAGGAACAGGAGGAACAGUGGAUCAGUCAGGAGAGAGAGCAGCUUCAAGGAGCAGAGGAGGCUGAUAUCAAGGUGUUAACAUUUAUUCCUGUCACUGUGAAGCAUGAAGAAGAGGAUGGUGAGAAUGCUCAGUCCUCACAGCUUGAUGGAAACCAAAGUGAAGAGAGCAGAGACACAGAGCAUUUGAAAACAGAAUAUGAUGGAGAUGACUGUGGAGGAUCAGAAGCAGAGAGAGACUCAAAUCUCAUCAGUCAUUUACAGUGGGAUACUCCUGACAAGACUUCAGACCUUUCUGGCACUGAGACUGAUGACAGUUCUGAUUGGGAGGAGAGUGAUGAAUCUAAGGAAAGUUUAGAGCCUCUGCAAAACAAAGAUGCAGCUGUAAGUGAAAUGAAAUGCAACACUGGAAAUACAUCAUCUAUCUCCUCUGAAUGUGCCUCAAGCAUUGGACAGAAGGGGCAAGUGAAGAAACACAAAGGAACCCAUACAGAAGAGAAACAAUUUAGUUGUUCUGUUUGUCAUAAAAAAAUUUCUAGCCAAAGCCAUCUAAAGAAACACUUAACUAUCCACACAGGGGAGAAACCAUUUAGUUGUGCAGUUUGUAAGAAAAGUUUUCGAAUUAAACAAAUGUUAGUGACACACAUGAGAGUCCACACAGGGGAGAAACCAUUUAGUUGCUCUGUUUGUCAAAAAAGUUUUUCUCGUCAGGGAAGUAUGAAGCUGCACAUGAAUGUCCAUACAGGGGAGAAACCGUUUGGUUGUUCAAUUUGUCAGAAAAGUUUUUCCCGUCAAGGAGGUCUGAAGAUCCACAUGACUGUCCACACAGGGGAGAAACCAUUUAGCUGUUCAAUUUGUGGUAAAAGAUUUCCAAGCAAAGGAAAUCUGAAGCUGCACAUGAAUGUCCACACGGAGGAGAAACCAUUUAGCUGUUCAGUUUGUGGUAAAAGUUUUUCCCAAAAGGUAUAUCUGAGGGAUCACUUGAGUGUCCACACAGGGGAGAAACCAUUUACUUGUUCGGUUUGUGGUAAGGGAUUUUCCCAGCAGGGAAAUCUGAUGACACACUUGACUGUUCACACAGGGGAGAAACCAUUUAGUUGUUCAAUUUGUCAUAAGAGUUUUCCUCGUAAAGGAAAUCUUAAACUGCACAUGAGUGUCCACACAGGGGAGAAACCAUUUAGUUGUUCAGUUUGUGGUAAAAAGUUUUCCCAAAAGGGACAUUAUAAGGAACAUUUGACUGUCCACACAGUUGGGGAAACCUUGUAGUUGCUCCGUUUGUGGUAGAAAAUGAAAUAAAAUAAACACACUAGGUGGCAAGUAAGAAGACACUAGUUUAUCUACUCAGCGGUAAAGCAAUUUAUUUGAAGUGUUUGUGAUGAAAGAGUUGCACAGCUGUGUUAUUGAGAGCAGUGGAAAUCCAAAUAAGUUUUCCUCCCCUAUGUAACUUAUACAUAUUUCUCAGUUCUUUUAUUAUGGUUGGUUAAUGUUAGAUCUUUGUAAAUUACAUAACUCAAAGAAUGAUCAUGGUAAUGUUUUGUGAAACAAGUUUUGCUAUGA